UUAUAUGACAAACGGACAUGAGAAACAGAAUAGGAUUAGUGGAAAUGUAGUAAGGGGCUAAUCUUGAGUAAUGUGUAGUAGGUAUAGUUGUGGUAUUACAAUUCACAAUAUUCCAAAUCCAACUGUAUUAUCUUUUCUUUCCUUUUCCUCUGCCUCCGCGAAUCUCUCCCUCUCUCGCUUUGUUUAGCCCUCCAAAUCAAUUAUUAUUAUUAUUAUCGUUUUCCUCUCAAAAGGCAGCUUCCGCUUCCGCUUCCGCCUUUCCUUGUACUCGUCAAUACUUUUUGUUAAUAAAAAAAAAAAGUCUCUUUUUUACUCGUCUCUAUCCAAUCAGGAGCCGAUGACUGGUUUUCACAAAAUGGCCGGCGGAGUCGCCUCCUCCACACAAGCAGGCGACGCUUCUCCCGCAUUCUUGCUCCGGCUUGUCCUCGAUAUCGUCUCCGGUAAUGUCGCUGCUGGAACUGAUAACGUCAAUGUCGCGUUUAAAAGGGAUUGCACGGAUCUGGUAAGGAGGAUAGCUCUCUUCAUGCAUUUGCUUGAGGAUAUCAGAGAUUUUCGACCGUCUGAUCAUGAUCAGGAUCACGCCUCCUCUUCCUCCUCUGCUUCUUCAUGGUCGCCUGAUCUGGCCGUGGCUCUCCAGGCUGCUAAGCGUCUCUUGAUCGUCGCCUCCACCUACAAUUCCAAUAAUUCCUCUGAUGGAGCUGCCAAAAGAAUUUCUUUCCAAUUUCAAUGUGUUACAUGGAAGCUGGAGAAAGCUUUAGGGAAAAUCCCAUAUGAUCAUUUUCAAAUCUCAGAGGAGGUUCGAGAACAGGUAUCAUUGGUGAGAGCACAAUUGAGAAGAGCAGCAGAAAGAUAUGGAUCUUUGAAUUCCAGAAAAGUUUCUAAUGGCCUGUCCCAGCCGCUGGAAAAAGAAUGUGGUGGUACCAAUCAUGAAAUUUCAGCAAAGCUGGAUAGCAUUCCAGAAAAUUGUGGUACUCUAAGACAUGGUGCAGAUAAGGCAACUAAGAUAUUGGAAAGAGUGAAGAGCUCUUCAACCUCUUCUGAGGUCAGCCUAUUAAAUGAAAUUAAUUCCAAAGGGCAAGACAAUGUGGCUACUAAGGGUACUGGAGAAACAAAGAAGCCUGAUGCACUAGUAAUUCCUGAUGAUUUUUUAUGCCCUAUAUCUUUGGAACUAAUGAGGGAUCCAGUGAUUGUGGCUACAGGGCAGACAUAUGAGAGAUCUUAUAUACAGAGAUGGAUAGAUUGUGGCAACGUAACAUGUCCGAAAACUCAGCAGAAGCUGGAAAAUUUAACUCUAACCCCUAAUUAUGUUCUGAGAAGUCUGAUAAAUCAAUGGUGUGCUAAACAUAAUAUUGAGCAGCCAAGCGGAUUAGCAAAUGGUAGGCUUAAAAAGAGUGAUGGAUCUUUCCGUGAUGUUAGCGGCGACAUGGCAGCCAUCCAGGCUCUGGUCUGUAAGCUGUCAAGCCGGUGCUUAGAGGAAUGUAGGGCUGCUGUGGCUGAAAUCCGUUCACUGUCUAAAAGAAGCACAGAUAACAGGAUACUGAUUGCAGAUGCAGGAGCAAUACCUGUUCUAGUCAACCUUUUAACAACAGACGAUGUGUCAUUACAAGAACAUGCAGUAACCUCUAUUCUUAACCUUUCCAUAUUUGCAAAUAACAAGUCUCUUAUAAUGCUUGCUGGUGCCAUUCCUUCCGUUGUCCAAGUCCUCAGAGCUGGAAGCAUGGAAGCAAGAGAGAAUGCAGCAGCCACCCUUUUUAGUUUGUCACUUGCAGAUGAGAACAAAAUAAUAAUUGGUGCAUCAGGGGCAAUACCAGCUUUGGUAGAUUUGCUACAACAUGGGAGCACUAGAGGGAAGAAAGAUGCUGCAACUGCUCUGUUCAAUUUAUGUAUUUAUCAGGGGAAUAAGGGCAGGGCUGUCAGAGCUGGAAUCAUAACAGCGCUGCUGAAGAUGCUCACAGAUACAAGAAACUGUAUGGUUGAUGAGGCUUUAACAAUACUGUCUGUUCUUGCUAGCAACCAUGAUGCUAAGGCAGCUAUAUUAAAGGCAAGUACCAUACCUGUUUUGAUUGAUCUUUUAAGAACAGGUUUGCCCCGCAACAAAGAAAAUGCAGCUGCCAUUUUACUUUCUCUGUGUAAGAGAGAUACGGAGAAUCUUGCCUACAUAAGUAGGCUUGGUGCUGCCAUACCCUUGACAGAGCUUACCGGGAGUGGCACGGAGAGGGCCAAGCGGAAGGCUACUUCAUUGUUGGAGCAUCUUCGCAAAUUACAACAGCUCUGACUGUUUUGGUUGUACCAGAGAGUUUGUUAAUUGUUUUCUUUUUUUUUUUUUCUAUUGACUCUAAUUGUUUGGCAAAAUUGCCAUUCCAUUCCUUUCAGACAUGAGAACUGAGGAGAUGAGCAUGAGAUACAAACUCAUUCUCAUCGCUUUGUGUGUUCAUUUCUUUCAUUUAUGAGUGUGUAAAAAAUUCAUUUGAUCUCUUAAUUAAUGAAGAUUGCUUUCCGUUUAAUUGCUUGUUGGUGUUGAGAAACAUUGAACAUUGGUAGCCUGAGGAGUUUCAUACAGCCACAGAAAUUACAUCUACUUAUUCCGUAUAAAAGAACGGAUUUAAGACCGCGAAGUGUUAUCGCUAUUCCUUGUUCUAAUAGGUGUAUUGGAAAAGAGCACCUAGGUGAUAUUUGAUUUGGGUUAAUGUAUAAGGUUUUUCCAGGACUGGAUUUAUUCGAAAAUCCAACUGUGAUUAAUUGUAAGUAAAAAGAACAUUGAUAAAAUCCAAUGUAUGAACUUUAUUUUUGAAAUGGACAAAACAAUCUUAUUCUGUUAGAAUGAUAGACCGCAACUGGAUUUGGCCUAUUCUUGGUUAAG